AUGGCCAUUGCGAGUAAGGUACUGAUAAAACAGCAUCAACUCUCAUGUCUCAAUCCGCAAAUUAUGAAGUCGCUUCAUCACCUCAAUCUUCGCGAAGAUAAUGAUGGUAUUCUGCGCUGCUAUGGACGAAUGAGAUAUAGUGCCUUGCAACCUUCAGUGAUAUGCCCGAUGUUCGUCCUACAGAAGUCCUGGUUAUCCCAGCUGAUCAUUGAGGACUGCCAUACCAAGGGACAUCCAAGUACGAGUCACACCAUGGCCAAUAUACGACAGUAUUAUUGGAUUCCAAAACUACGAUCACAAGUAACGAGUGUGAUUCGUCGUUGUGUAGCAUGUCAGAAAUUCAACAAACUUCCUUUCAAGUAUGGACGUGAUCGCUGUACUCGACGCGAAGGCAGGUCCGGAACAACUGGACCUGCCUUCGCGUCGAGUACAGCGAUCACUUCCAUUUGCUCAUGUAGGUCUCGAUUAUUUUGGACCAUUCAACAUCAGCCUUACAACCUUACAAAGCCUUACCUCAACAUCAGCCUUCGAAUACAACAGGAAAAUGUUAUGGCUGCAUCAUUACCUGCAUGGUCACAAGACUUAUUCACUUGGACAUCGAUACGGAUCUUUCUACGACAGCACGUUUUACGUCGAUUCUUUGCACGAGGAGGUGUACCGGUAUCCAUAACCAGCGACAACUCUCCAACAUUUACGCUAGGUGAAACUGUAUUGGAAGACUGCAGAAGAAAAAUACGCAGUGAUCCAACGAUUUCAAGAAUGAUCAGCGAAAGAGAAAUCGAGUGGAGGUACAUUAACCCCUAUGCUCCAUGGCAGGGAGGAGUGUACGAACGUCUCAUAAGAUCCGUAAAGUUAGCACUUUAUAAGACGCUUGGAAAGAAAACACCUUCCUAUGAAGAACUAUCUACUGCAGUGAUCGAAAUAGAAGCAGUGCUGAAUACGAGACCGCUUCUCUACGUGGACUCUGGACCAAAUGCGGAACAAAUACUACGUCCAAUGGAUUUCUUGCAGAACGAGUUCGAAAUUCCGUUUCCACUAAACUCAGCAGAAGGAGACGGUGAAGAUUCCACGUACCUUCCAGCUGAUGAACGCGUCGCUUUUCAAUCAAAAAUACACGUUAUCCGUGCAUUGAAAACUUCGUGUGAAAUACCAGAGAAGUUGUGGAAUAUUUGGCAGACCCAGUAUCUAACAUCUCUGCGUGAAAAACACCAACGUGAGGUCGGAAAACAGCGAGGAAGCAGCUACCAUCCCGAAAAAGGAAAGCUGGAAACUACGGACGGCACAGUUAGAGAGGCAGUAGUUAUACUGCCCUCCCAUCGCAAGAUACGACGACCUAUAAAUCUACUCGUUCCCCCGGAACUUGAAGACGAUCAUACAGAAGAACACAAGGAAGAUGAUUCCAGCUCUGCGAACUGCGAUGGUGAAACAACACCAAACCAGGUCGAUAAGCAGCUGUCAGACAACACCACAACAAAUGAAGGUAGGACUAUGAAAGAACCUGAAGGAACGUCUUCUUCACGGUAUAGCCUUCGUCCGAGACAACGAGUGACCUACAGCGAACAUCACGUGGGAAGAGUUAAGAAUGUUCCACUAAUGCUUUAUACACUGUUGGCAAUGUUCGUUUUAUCUUCGAGCUCGCUGGCAUUACCAGCUCAGUUUGACCACUCAAGUAAGCAGCAAAUUCGCUGCAUCACAGGAGGAGUUGAAUUGGUCUCACCCACAAAGGUUACCAUACCAAAUAUGCGCCGAAGACUUCUGUAA